ACGUCCAGUCAUGGUUAGCGUAAGCAUGUGGAACUACCUCGACAUUUUCACUUCCCUUUUCCAUAAAUGUAGUGACUCAGAUGGGAAGGAGAACGUAUAAAAAUGAAGUGGCGAGGUCAGGGAGAUCACAGCCUCUGUGAACUGUGAAGACAAGAGAGACACAGCAAGAAACACAUAAGGACUUCGACACUGCAAGAUGGAAUCCACGAAAAGCAAACCAAGAGAUAGCACUGGCAGUGAUCUGUCUGAGCAGAUAAAAGCAGCAACCAAAGACAGUCACGUGAGAGCUGAGAACACACAACUGAUGCUCAACUACCAGAAAGGACAGAUCACGCAAACACAGUACAAGCUUCUGCUGUGUUCUCUGUAUGAGAUCUACAGAGCGCUAGAGGAAGAGCUGGACAGGAACGCCGACCAUCCUGCCGUUCAGCCCGUCUACUUCCCUCAGGAGCUGGCCAGACUGGAGUCUCUGGAGCUGGACCUGGAGCACUUCUUUGGACCCCACUGGAGGAAGAGAGUAACAGUGCCUGCCGCCACACACAGAUACACACAGAGACUGAGAGAGAUUGGCAAAAACAGUCCAAAUCUUCUGGUGGCACAUGCCUAUACACGCUAUCUCGGUGAUCUGUCAGGAGGCCAAGUGCUGGGCAAAAUUACCCAGAAAUCCUUGGGACUGAGCGGCAUCAAGGGAAUUGCAUUCUUCUCAUUUCCUGGAGUGACGAGCCCCAAUAAAUUCAAGCAGCUGUACAGGGGCAGAAUGAACAGCAUUGAGUUAACAGAGCAGCAGAGACAGGAAGUGCUGGAUGAGGCAACCAGAGCUUUUGAGUUCAACAUUGAGGUUUUUGAUGAUCUUCAGAAAAUGCUGAGCAUCACAGAGGAAGCUUCAAGUGAAAAAAGAAAUGACACAGCAUCCCAAAGUCAAUCAAGAACCUUCUCCAACUCUCCGAUUCUCCAGUUUGCGUUAGGUGUGGGAAUCACUUUGGCAACUGUUGGAAUGGGAGUUUAUGCUUUUUGAUUCAGCAUUUUUUUAAUUUGUCAGUGUGUUACAUCUUAAUACCACAGGUCAAAUCUACAGGCUGAUCUUUAACCAACACUAAUCAUGGAUAUUAUAAAACAUGCACUCAGUAAUAAAUCAAGCACAUUUUCAAGUGAUCCAAAUAGUCAUUUAGAAUUAACUUUAAAAUGCAUCAUGUCAGCAUAUAUUUU